CUAGCUUUCAGUGAAGGCGUGCUUUGUACUGUGUUUUUGCCCGCGCUCGAAGAGGCGGGCUGGAAAAUUCUCUAGUUUUACGUCCCCGAGCUGCAGCGCUGGGGACACAGCCCAAAAAAUGGCCGCCCGCGCGCUCCGACGAGCCCUCAGCACCGCAAGACCAGCCGCAGCGCCGCGCGCCGCCGCGCCGCGCGCCGCGAGGCCACGCGCCAACUUCUUGAGCACCACGCCGGCCAAAGCGGCACCAGCCCCGCAAGUAGCCGACGUGACUGUGCACAUCACCUUCGUGGACCACGAGGGCUCGCGGGCCGUCGUGCCCGGCCGCGUGGGCAUGACGGUGUCCGAGGUCGCCGAGCUCCACGGCAUCGACAUCGGGCCGACGGCCGUGGCCGGAGUUGUGGAAAGGGUCAAUUCCGACGUCUGGACCGAGGAUUUAUUUGGGGAGGGCGCGUCGCUCGGUUACGACCACGUCAAGGUCCCGCCGGCCUGGGCGGCGAAGCUGCCGCCGCGGGGCGCCUGGGAGCUCGAGCUGCUGCGCAACUACUGGGACGACGACGACAUCACGUCGGUGUCGCGCCUCGGCUCGCAACUGCCGCUGACGAAGGAGCUCGACGGCAUCCAGAUCUACAUCCCCGACGGGAUUCCCACCGAGGGGAACCUUUAGAGCCUAAGCUUAUGUAUAG